AUGAGUUCUGCUGCCGUUUCUCGGCGUUCGCUGCUGCACGAAGUGCUUUCGCAUGCAGAAGUGGUUGAGCUCGGGCUGGACGGCUCGGUGGAGGACCUGCCGCCGCUGACGACGCGGUGGACUCCGGCCUGCGCGCGGGCCGUGCUGGCCUUUUGCUGGGGCUACUUUUUGCUGUUUUGGGGCGCUGCUGCGCUGCUGCUGCGCAGCGUGCUGCAGCAGCACCCCGACACGCUGCUGCCCGGCGCUGCGCAGCUGGCUUUCGCGGCGGCCUGCAGCAGCUGCCUCGUGGCUGCGGAGUUCGGGCUCUACUGCUACGUCCGGGCCCGCAACGCAGUGCCCAGCAGCAGCAGCAGCAGCAGCAGCAGCGCCUACCCGCCCUCGCGCUGCUGCGUCUUCUCCCACUUCGGGCUCUCCGCGCUCUCCCGCCUCUGCUGCUUCCUCCAGCUCUUCUUCCUGCUGCACUCGCUGCUGCUGCCAGCCCCCAUGUUUGCAUGCGCGGCCUUCACUGUGUCUCUCACUGGUGCAGCCCAGGAGAGACAUGGGGGGGACCCGCAGGUGGGCUCUCCUUAUGUUUCUCCAAAAGCUGCUUUGGCGCUGACGAACUGUUUGUUCUUUUUGGAUCUUCCGGGGAUCACUUUGCAUGUCAAGGCGAGCUUUCUGCCGCUGGAGCAGCUGGAGGCCCACGAGUUCCUCGCCUCUUUGGUUUCGCUGGUGCGUCUGUACAGCGGGGACUUCUGCAUGCUGCUGUAUCUGGUUUUCGCGCUGUGCACAUUCGGGGGCAAUGUUUUGUUUUUCAUGUUGCUCGCCUUUUUGUUGUUGAAGUUGAAAGCCUCUUGUGUCGCGGCCUUGCUGGCCCACGUGGCUUCGGUCUUCGGCAUCUGGGACGCAGAGUAG